UCAACUCACAGCAGCUUAGCUUCACACAGUCGAGCACGUCAGGGAGAAACGCGAUAUCAGACUCGAUGAAUUCGGAUAGGUGUUUAAAAGGGACAUUCUGGAAUCGUUCCCGGUACAAAUGUGAGCCAUGUGAGACUAAAUAUGGAAUCAUAAAAGGUUACGAAUUUACUGAAAACUGUGGGUGGUCCGACGAACAACAACAGAUCAAGUCACCUUACAAACCAUGCAGAUAUGGGACAUUUAAUGACGGAUCUCAAGUCAAAUGCCAAAAUUGUCAUUCUUGCCCAACUCCACUGUUUCCAGCGUCUGAAUGCAGCACAACAUCGGAUGCAAUCUGCUGUAGACAAGGGGAGCAGGUUUUUGAUGGAAAAUGCAUCCCUCAACCGCCACAGACCACAGAGAUAACAACUGCAAGUACGCCUGUCUUCACAUCUAGCUCUGUAGCCAGCUCAAGCCUUUCUCAGAGCACUACUCAAAAUGCCUUUACAGAGCCCUCUGCAGUCACUGAAAACUUUACUCCAAGCCCUCAAAGCUCUAUGCCAAACUCUUCUUCAAGUCCCAAUGAAAUGUCAUCAUUUAAUCAAUUCAUAGGGAUCUAUGUAUGUUUUGGGAUUUUAUUAACUCUCAUUCUGGUGUGUAUCUUCCUUUUCAUCAAGAGGAGGUCUAAGCCUUUCAAUAAAGAAUUUAAAAAAUGCUGCAAUGGAGCUAGUCAUAAAAGCCUGUCCAAAAAGAGCAUUGGCAGAUAUGAGGAGGCCAUCUCUUACAACAUAAUCAAAGAGAGUAGUAACAAUGAUCACGUAACUGGAUUGUCGCAUCUGUUAGCACCUGAGGUCCAGGAUGCACCUCUCAAAACCGUGCUGAACAACCUGGAUGUUCUUGAGGAGCUUGUGUUGGUAUUAGACCCAGACAUCUGUGGUGCCAAGAACACACGUCACCUUGCCGCCCGUUGCUCCUUUUCCUUUGCCUGGAUCAAUUAUGCAUAUUCCAUGAAGGACCACAAAAGCCCCCUCGUCGCCGUUUUGGAGGGUGUCAUCACCAAAAACCCACACUGGACCGUCAGCCACCUCGCUGAGCUGCUAACUUCCAUCGGUCGCAAUGAUGCAGUGGAGAUUUUAGCGAAGCUUCCUGCAGGUGUUUAAGAAAAAUUCAUGUGAUAUUUUAAGUACACAAAAGUACUCCGUUACUUAACGUAACCUCGGUUCCCUGAGAUAGAGGAAUGAUUUCUGAGUCUUGCGAGACGCAUAUGGAAAAAGCGUUAAAAAAAAAACUAACCCAUGGCUAGGGAGCGGAGCUACCCUUGCCAAGGACUGCUUAAGUCUGAUCAUUCAACCCGCAAGCUCGUCGUUGUUUUCCUCCAAGGUAAAUAGGAGAGAAACCAGAUCGUGGGAAGGCCGCCUUCCGCGAACGAACAGGGGUAGACUGCUUUACUGGUAAAAAAGCAGGCCGCCUGUGAGCACAGUCAUAGUGAGACACAAAUUUGAAGCUGCCAAUGGCAGCAUCUGCUCCGAUCUACUUCAGAGGAUAGAGCCGCUUGAUGUAAAGAGGGGCAUUGAUCUUUACAUGCGAGACACGGAUUGAAGCAUAGUGGGAAGAGCAAGUACGCAGGCUCUGUAUCGGUGUGAGAUCACUUAGACCCGGUUGCUUAGUUUCCAAACUUCACCGUUUCUCUCUCCGAGGCUUGCUGAGAGAGGAGAGACAUAAGAGUGGGGCUGUUCAGUGAAAGUCGGUCCGCAAGAAGAGAAGAGCGACACUCAUGCUUGCGUAAGUGCAUAACUCACUGUCUUUAUGCAGCUGAGUGCAAUGGAGAGAGGUCUUGAUUCGAGCUGCGAAGGUGUAUUCAUUGGCAAGCGGCUUCGGAUCAGCGUGUAGUCGUCGUCGCUUAAUGAGAAGAAAUCUUAGAAUCCUGUGGCGAACACCAGCUUAUAUAGCCAGAACGCCCCACCCAUUCUGCCAGGUUUUUUAAUACACUACACGAACCACUGGUCGUGCAGUCUCAAUGUCAAAUGAAAAAGGCUUCUGUUCAGGAGAAAAAAGUAUUUUUUCCCAUAUGCGUCUAGCAAGACACAGUAUGAGUAUAGUAUUGAAAGGGUAAAGUAAUUCACAUAUUAUACUGUAUUAUUCAACAUAACCUCAUAAAUAUUUUACAUGUGGACAUUUUUGAAUUUGCAUUUUCAUAUGAAUCAAAUUGUAGUGUGCAUUUACAUGAAAUUGCCCACUUGAAAAUAGUUGUUUUGUCAUGUGAUGAAGUAUUUUUGUUCCUAUAAGUUCAGUAUUCAAUGAUAGUUGCAGUCCUGGGGUAAAUCUGGGGUUACUUUGGAUGAAAACAACACGCACUUCAUUCAUAACAGAUGUGCAUCUUGAGGCAAUUUAGAAGCAUUUAGAAACAAAGUCGAGACACACUUCUUGGGGUUUAUCCUUAAUGUUCUAUGUGCAUUCCAUCUUUCAACCUUAUUUAGCUCUAAAGGGGAUAGUUCACCAAAAAAUGAAAAUUUGAUUUUUAUUACGCCCAGGGCAUUCAAAAUGUAGAUGACUUUUUUUCUUCAGUAGAACACAAACAAAUAUUUUGAACUCAACCCGUUGCAGUGCGUCAGACAUAUAAUGGAAGUUAAUGCAGACAAUAAAAAAUGUCUGGGGUUGCUUUGGAUGAAAACAACAUGCACUUAAUUCAAUGGAUAACAGAUGUGCAUCUUGAGGCCAUUUAGAAUCAAAGACAAGACACACUUGUGGUUUAUCAUGCAUAUUCUAUAUACAUUCCAUCCUUCAGCCUUAUUUAGCUUUAAAGGGAUUCCCGUUACAGUCCGUCAGUCCUAUAAUGAAAGUAAAUGGGAAUCACGGCUUUGAGAGUAAAAAAAACAACAACAAAAAACACAUACACUAACAAAACCAAAUAAACCCUGUGACUCAUGACUAAAUGUUGAAGUGUAAAUACAUGAAAUGAUUGGUUUUUUUGACUCUCAAAGCCAUGAUUCCUAUUUACUUCCAAUAUAUCACUGACAGACGGCAUCGGUUUGAGUUAAAAAGUUUCUACUGUGCCCUGGGUGUAAACAGAUAAAAAUUAAAUGUUCAUUUUUUUUGUUGACCUAUCCCUUUAAAACUGCAUAACACUAUUAAUGUUUCAUUAUUUACAUUUUUGUUAAAUUACUAUAAAAAUCAUAAAAUGUUAUUUUUUUCUUACAAUUUUUUUAUAUGAAUUAUAAAUCUUGUAAAUAUAAUUGUUUGCAAACCAAUAUAACAGGUUUUCAGUUUUUAAACAGGAUUUGGCAACAAACCUUUUCUGAAACCAAUAUAUCAUAGUUACUAAUGGUGAACAAUUGAUUAUUUUGUAUGUUCAGCACAAAUGCCACAAUAAAUCUUGAACUUUGUUCAAA